AUGGCAUGCGGAAGUGCUGCACAUUGCACAACCGUUCGAGGUGUGCCGUUAUUGCCCGAAUUACUGAGUGUUGUACUAGGCAAAUAUAACCUUAUUGGAGGUGAUGUAGGAUCUGAAGAAAGGGAGGUGCAUUUAAUAAUAGUCCACGAGGACUUCAAACUUCCAUACUUGCAUAAUGACAUUUCACUUUUGAAAUUGAAAACGGAAGUGACUUAUAACGAUUACAUACAACCAGCCUGUCUAUGGUACAAGGCGGCUUUUGAUUAUCUGCCAACAAACCAAAUAAAUGGAACUGUCGUUGGCUGGGGAUUCGACAUAACAGAUAAUUUAUCCCCAAAAUUAAAUAGAGCAAGCUUAAUGAUAGUAUCAGAAGGAACUUGUAUUAAGAAGAAUCCCCUAUUGUAUGCAACUGUGCUGACAGAUAGAAAAUUUUGCGCAGGAAAUUCGGACGGAAUAUCUGCCUGUAAUGGCGACAGUGGUGGCGGGUACCACGUCUUUGUGCCAGACACUCCUAAGGAUAAUUCCCCCAACGCCACCGGAUCCUGGUAUGUUCGAGGCAUUGUUUCACUAACUGCGAGGCGUAGUGACGCAGCGAUAUGUGAUCCCCAUCAGUACACUGUAUUCACUGAUGUAGCUAAAUUUACAAAUUGGAUUGACAAAUAUGUCCAUUAAAAUAUUGAAGAAUU